AGUAGACACUUGACAGAUAUUUAAUAAAUUGACAUUGUUAAAUUACAGCAAAUUAUCCGAAAUGUAGAGACCUACUACUAAGUCUGUGAUGUAGAUAUUCUAAGGCUUUCCUCCGUUGCAGUUAAUAAAACUUUGGUUUUAUAUAAACAAAUCUUUUGGUAGCACUUAAUUACAACAAAAUGUUAUCAAACUUAAUACGAACAGCCAUACAUGUCAGUAGAAAUAGAUCUCCAUUAUUGAGUUCAAUGAGACACAAAGCCGCAUAUGAAGGCGAUGGCAAGACGACGGUCCGUAUUAUUAAUCAGGAACAGGACCUGGGACUCAUGAUAGACUCAUAUGCCACAUAUGGUUUCAGACUGAAUAAUGGCAUUACUGUCUUAGGACCCAUGGCUAUAUUUCCCAGGACAGUGUUGUCAUGGCAGGUGCGAGGUUCUGGAGAAAUAACAGAGAACUCCCUCAAGUUGUUCAAGUUGCUAGAACCCAAGAUCGAUCUGCUGAUUGUGGGUUUGGAGAGCAACAAUCGUGCAAUGAUGGGUUCAGUGUUCAGAGCGGCGCGCCUCUCCAAACUGAAUGUAGAGAUACUGCCCACUGAGCAUGCCUGCUCCACAUUCAACUUCCUCAAUGCAGAGGGCAGAUACGUGGCGGGCGCGAUGAUCCCCCCCCUCACUGUGGAGAUGUCGCCUGACGACAUGCUGCAAGCUAAACUACACUACACUAACCUGUAUCAACAGAAGCUGUCUUAAAUCCACCUACACUCUUGAUUGUUACAUACCGGAUAUACUUUACUAUGAAUACCGGCUAACACCUCUGCGGUAUACCGCCGCUAAUAGUGUGAGAACCAGAAUAUACAAUAUAAGGUUCUUUGAGAGCUCACUCUCCCGACGAGUACCCACUAUAUGUUCUCACUCUAUUGGUGAAAAUAAUAAAUUGUUAAAAUAUUUUGCUGUGAUGUAGAAUAAUAUCUAAUAGUUACUAAUAUAAAAAUAAAAUACAUAACGCAUAUAAUUUAUGUAUAUUGUAUUAUAUUAAAAUAACAUAACGUUAUUAGGAAUGCUAAAAUAAGGUUUUAUUAAAUAAAGUGUAAAUAAUUAUU